CUCUGAUUGGUGGAGACCACCAUCGUCUGUGUGUGUAUCAAUAAUAAUAAGAGAUUAGGCAGGAUUAGAAAAGCUCCCACGUCCAUCCGAGCAGCCACUUUAUCUUUGCUCCUCGACAGUUCUCGGCGGACCCAACAUGACUAUAAGAAAUGUGCGGGAUCACGGACAGCGUUACAGACCGCGGAUGUCUUGCCUCAAAAAGAUGGAAGCUGUGGUGCUGGAGAUGCAAGACCCCAAGACUGGGGUGAAAUCUCAAACCCAGAGGCUGGUCAUCACCACCAUCCCUCAUGCCAUCACAGGUGAAGAUAUUGUUGAAUGGAUUGCUAAUCGCUUCAAAAUAGAUGCUGCUGAGGCCCGAGCCAUGGGCACCAUGAUGGUGGCCUUUGGUUAUAUUUACCCACUACAGGAUCAUAAGAGACUCAUUCUCAAACCAGACACUUCACUGUAUCGCUUUCAGACACCAUAUUUCUGGCCUGCACAGCAGUGGCCAGUGGAGGACACAGACUACGCAAUAUAUCUGGCAAAGAGAAAUAUACGUAAAAAGGGGCUGUUAGAACUGCAUGAACAGGAACAGUACAAUAAUCUUCACAAAUGGAUGAAUCACAAGUGGGACUUCAUUGUGAUGCAGGCCAAAGAGCAGUACCGGGCAGGGAAAGAGAGGAAGAAACCAGAUCGGGUGGUGUUUGACUGCCAAGAAAGAGCCUACUGGGUAGUACACAGACCACCGCCAGGAACAAUUAGUGGGAUGGACUGUGGACUGGAGCGAAUGGUAGAUCCCAAUCAGGAGGAGAAAAAAACAUCUGAGUACUUCAGAAGAAUAAUCAUUUUCACGCAGCAAUGCAUCAUGAGGCCUAGAGUGAAGUCAUCUGUGUCCAUUGGAGCACUUGUGAAGUACACCACAACAUACAAGCAGCAUGAUCCCUUCCUUUAUCCAUGCCUUCCAAGCAACCCCUGGUUAACAGACGAUGUGACAUACUGGCACCUAAACAUGCCAAACGUUGAGAAUCCUACGAAAAUGAGAGUGGAGCGCUGGACCUUUAGCUUCGGUGAACUGCUGUCUGACCCUCGCGGACGAGCUGAUUUCCGUCUUUUCCUGAAGAAAGAGUUUAGUGGUGAGAAUCUUGCAUUUUGGGAGGCGUGUGAAGAUCUCAAAUGGGGUGCUGCAGCUACAAUGCAAGAGAAAGCUCAGCAAAUCUACAAAACUUUCCUGGCUCGUGGAGCCCCUCGCUGGAUCAACAUUGAUGGAAAGACCAUGGAGAUUACUGUGAAGGGCCUGUCUCACCCUCAUCGCUAUGUUCUAGAUGCCGCACAGACCCACAUCUACAUGCUGAUGAAAAAGGAUUCAUACGGACGAUAUCUGAAGUCCCCAGUGUUUAAGGAAACUCAGAAGAAAGCUGUCGCUCCUGAGGCACACAAAUUCAGUGAAGCCCAGCUGGAGCAGAAUGCUAAGAAGCGAAGGCCCAGUCUGAGCCCCAUCAUCCUGAGGCAGCAGGAAGAAGAGCAGAAGGCCAAACUGGCUGCCAGCGGCCCUGUGGACAUAACGCAGCUGUGCCGGUACACCGCCCCUGUGCCCCACUUGGCCGUGUACACAGGUAUCUGUGAGAAUCAAACCACUGCUUCUCCAGGGCUCAUGACUCUGCCCAACAGUGCUGCGUGUCCUUCUCCCAUCAGCGUGGCCAUCGACAGCACCCCUGCCUCUGAGAGAAGGUUUGAUAGUGGCCCCACCUCCUCCCAUUUCCCCUCCAUUGCUGAGAGCACUGAGGCAUCCGUGUCUGAGGAGAGCCAGCCACCUGCAGCCAAAUCCCGUGUAGCACUGUCACUGAGCCGCCUGCUCCGCAGAGGAUGCAAUGCCCCAUCAGUGUUUGCCAGUCUGUCACCAAAGUGUGCUGUUACUGCAGGAGGUGGGAAAGUACAACCACUAGGGGAGCCACUCGCACAACCACAGCCCAAGAGGAUUGCAAAUUUUUUCCAAAUUAAAGUGGAUAUCCCUCCUGAAUGCCGCAUCUACCCUAUUGACUCGGAGGAUGAGGAGGAAGAGAGUCCUGGGGCAGCCAGGGGAGGAGUGAAGGAAAUCAUCUGCCCAUGGGAAACGGUCACCAAACACGAUGGAGCAGGAUAGAGGGAUCUACAGCUUGAAGAGAGAAACACACAGAGAUACACGUGUGUCUUGGUGUCACCAUCUGUAUCACCCAGACAUGCUCUAGGAGUCGACAGUUGAAGUAACAACCUUUCAAACCUAAUUGUCUGUAUUUCUGAUAGCUUUUUAGUAGUGCCUACAUGUUCUAGUAGCCGGUGGAACAACUUGGUUAUAACAUGAUUGCGGGAUUUUAUAUCUGUUUAUUUACCUGUUCAACUACCUGUGGCUAUGGUAAGGGGAGGCCUUAUUUUAGAGGAGCUUUCUUUUUGCAAAAUCAUCAACUUGUUUAGUAUGGCAAGCAAAAGAUUUUGUACUUGGUCUGCUCAUCAUUUUAUAUCUAUCAAAGAUGCGUUAAUGUAAACGUCUUUAAGAAAUAUUCAAUAUUUUCAUAGUUGUAUCUCCAGGAAGACAGUAGAACAUUAUGUGGGACAUUUACUGUCUGAAUGUAUUACUUUCAAAACGUUUACACUUCACUUCAGAAUGAGAAUGUGCUUAUUGCUCAUAUUGGACUUGUGUAAGUGCCUCAAUAAAGUAUUUCAAAAAGA